AUGUCUGACCCAUUCCAAAGUGCCCGCAAUCUAGACCACUCUAACAGAAUGAGUAGCAACUACCACCCUCGUGGCCUACCCAAUAAUACCUCUCAGAACAGUAAUAAUAAUAAUAAUAAUAAUAAUAAUAAUAGUAAUAAUAAUAAUAAUACUAAUAAUAAUGCAAAUCCUACAAAACAUGUCUCGUCGCUGAAAAAGCAGUUCUUAGAGAAUAUCGAAGUUUACGAGAUCUCUGGAACCCAACCACCAUUCUUUAGAGUGAAAUCCUCGAUCGAGGUCAUCGAUAAUAACCGCUUGUUCUUAUACGGUGGUUUUGACGAGGAUGAUAAUUUAGAUACCAGCAUCUACCUCCUUGACUUGACCACCAACAAAUGGCACACCAUCAACACCAUCAACACCCCCCAGAACCAUCAGAACCACCAGAACCACCAGCAUCAGCACCAGCAUCAGCACCAGCAUCAGCACCACGAAAUAUCUAGAGAAGGCCAUACCACAAACUAUAUCGGCAACAAUAAAGUGUUGGUGUUUGGAGGAGUCCCGUAUGACGACGCCAACCACCAUCAUGCCAAUCAAUUACAAGCAUCCCAAAUAUUGAUCUAUGACAUUAUGCAAAACCAAUGGAGUGUGCCUCAACAACAAUUAUCUGCUAGCCCCGUCCCGGCCCCUCGCUCUCGUCAUGCUACCUGCUUGUCUCCUGAUAACACCAAACUUUUCGUCAGUGGAGGGUUGAACUCCGUCACCAAUGAGUUAUACGACUCGUUAUAUUGUUACGACUUGAUCAAUCACAAAUGGGAUGGCCCCAGGAAAUUUAUCAAGCGCUUCGAUCAUCACAUCUCCUACUAUAACCAGAAAAUCUGGUCGUUUGGUGGGUUGGACCAAAAAAUGAAUAUCAUCAAUAGUAACGAGAUCCAUUACUUUGAUUUAUCCAAUAACGUGGUGGGGAAAAUCGAAAUCUACAAUUUGCCCAAACUUAUUGGUGAUCAUGUUUAUUUACCAAUUUCCGCGGGAGGAGGAGGGCAAUAUCAUAAUAAUAAUAAUAAUAAUAAUAUUUCUUCGACCACCAUCAGCACCGCCAAUCCCAUGAUGUUGGACAUUAUCAUCCCCCUUUGGAACUCAUAUAAUCAACAAACCAACAAUCCAGGGUACGAAAUCACCACCCCGUGUAUUUCAUUGCUCGAUUUGACCAACCUCAAGUGGAAAAAAAUCUUAUACGGCAACUUUGAACCGCUAAAUAAAUUUGUCUGGCGGCAUACAUUUAUUAAUAAUAAUGCGUUGUAUAUGUUGGGGUAUCCAUUGACUCAAGAUAUCAACUUGACAUCAUUCGAUUACAAAUUAACAAAUUUGGUGAAGAUCGAAUUGGAUCAAUUGGGAUUUUGUAACCAACACUAUGAACAACAAAAAUACUUGCAAAGUUUGAAUUAUGCGUUGUUCAAUGAUAAAUUGAAAGAUAUUGAUAAUAAUAAUAAUAAUAAUGGGAAACUUCUUGAUGGGUUGUUGGUGGUGAACAAUAAUAUUAAUAAAAAUGUCGACCAUCAAUUAAGUGUUGAUUUUGCGAAAUUCUUACAACAGAAAAAAUUCACGGAUUUCGAAAUCAUUGGCGUGGAAAGCUUGAAAAGACCUCCGAUUUCCAAUGCGACAAUUUUCUUUGAAAAUCAUCAAGCACAAGAAUUCCUAGCAGCAACGGGAACUAAUCGGAAACAUCUGGUAUAUUUGAAAUCUAAACCAAUCAAAGUUCAUAUGUCGAUGUUAUUGGCCCGCUGGCCAUAUUUCCGAAGAAUGAUGGAAUCAGGAAUGGAUGAAGUCAAUGCUCGUCUGAUGUUCAUCCAGGAACCGGUGUCAUGGAUCAGAUCAUUAAUUCAGUAUUUGUAUACUGGGUCAUUGAUUGCGGUUUCUGAUGGUGAUAUGUAUGGGUUAUUGAUCUUAGCCAAUUAUUACGAACUAGACGGGUUGUUUCGACAAAUUCUCAUGAUUUUGAACUCGCAAGUCACCAUGAAUGUUAAAAUUGCCAUUAAGUUGUACAUUUUGAGUACCGAGAUUGAACGCGGCACUUAUACCUUACGGAAACGAUCGUUGGAAUAUUUAUUUAACCAUUGGGGGAAAGUUGUCCGGUCAAAACAUUUUCAAAACUUGUCGAAAUCGCAAAUGGUGAUGUUGUGUCAAGAAAUCAAUGAGAAUACCAUGAUCGUGAACCAAGAUUACACCAAUAAGUUGGCGAUAAAUAAUGAUUUCAACGUUACCAACGUUGUCGAUGAUAACAAUGUGAUCAAUUACCAAUACGGGGCUAGCAGACGUUCGAAUAAUGUGUUGGUGAUGGAUAAUGUUGAAGGAAUGAUUCUGAGAGAUCCUGCAGGGUACGGAAUGAUAGGAGGGAUGAUAAAGAUGAAUAAUAAUGAUAAUGAUUAUGAUAAUAAUGAUAAUAAUAAUGAUAUUAAUGACAAUAAUAAUAAUAAUAAUAGUAAUAAUAAUACUAAUAAUAAUACUACUACUACUACUAAUAAUAAUAAUAAUAAUAAUAAUAAUAAUAAUAAUAAUAAUGGGUCUACGAGUAACAAUAACGGUGAGAAUGAAGAAGAAGAAGAAGAAGAAGAAGAAGAAGAAGAAGAGGAGGAGGAACCGGUGAUAACCCCUACAAGAAGAAGAUCACCACGAAUCAUUCGCAGAACAAGAAGUCGCACUCGGGCAAUGGUGAAUUACGGGAAUGAUUUUAGCGAUGGUGAGGAUUAUCACGGUAAUUUAGAUUCCAAUAAUGUGAACAACAGUGAUACUAGAGACGAAGAUCCCGACGAGGCUGCUACGAAUUUAAAUUCCGAUCAUAUUGGUAACGAUGAGUACUAUUUGUACCAGCAGCAACUACGACCUUUAGGAGUUGGGGAAGAAAGUGAUGAGCAAAGUGAUGCCAGUGAAGAAGACGAUGAGGAGGAAGAGUUUGAUGCUGAUGUGGGUGGAGGUGAUGAUGAUGAUGAUGAUGAUGAUGACGAAGGAAGUGAGGAUGAAUUGAUGAAUGAGUGA